ACGUUGAUGUCGCUGUACAAACACGUUUAUGAACUCAUCUCCUCCCGAUCAGCCUUUAAACACCACCCUGAGAUAUGGAGUGUUUGUAGAGGAGGAGCAGGGUCACAAACCCACACACUGGAUACUUCAUCACACUCUUUUUAAACUUGGACACUCCUUUUUCUGUUUGUGUUUGUAUGUUCUCUCGAUGUGGAUCACAUUCAGGAGGGAUCCAAGCAGUCAUCCCCUGGUGGUUUGUGUUUAGGAAAUGGCAACUGCUCUCAGUGGCCGAAACCCCGGCGGACGUGGACAACAGGGAAGUAAGGGUCGGAUCUUAGGGAUCAUUGACGCCAUCCAGGAUGCAGUGGGACCUCCGAAACAAGCAGCCGCCGACCGCAGGACUGUGGAGAAGACCUGGAAACUCAUGGAUAAAGUUGUCCGAUUGUGCCAAAAUCCAAGACUCCAGCUAAAAAACAGUCCUCCUUACAUCCUGGAUAUCUUACCUGACGCCUACCAGCACCUACGGCUUAUACUGAGCAAAUAUGAGGAGAACCAGAGACUGGCACAGCUCAGUGACAAUGAAUAUUUUAAAAUCUACAUCGAUAGCCUUAUGAAAAAAUCCAAACGGGCCAUCCGGCUCUUCAAAGAGGGAAAGGAAAGGAUGUAUGAGGAGCAGUCACAGGACAGGAGGAACCUGACCAAGCUGUCACUGAUCUUCAGUCACAUGUUAGUAGAGAUCAAAGCCAUCUUCCCUGGAGGACAGUUCCAUGGGGACACGUUCAGGAUCACCAAGGCUGAUGCUGCUGACUUCUGGAGGAGAUUCUUUGGAGAAAAGACAAUAGUGCCAUGGAAAGUCUUCCGACAGUGCCUUCACGAACUGCAUCCCAUCAGCUCGGGCCUUGAAGCCAUGGCCCUCAAAUCCACCAUCGAUCUCACCUGCAACGACUACAUUUCUGUGUUUGAGUUUGACAUCUUCACACGCCUUUUCCAGCCAUGGGGAUCAAUUCUGAGGAACUGGAACUUCCUAGCAGUGACACACCCCGGGUACAUGGCCUUCCUUACCUAUGAUGAAGUCAAAGCCCGACUGCACAAGUAUAUCAACAAGCCUGGAAGUUACAUCUUCAGACUGAGUUGUACUCGGCUGGGCCAGUGGGCCAUUGGUUAUGUGACUAAUGAUGGGAACAUACUGCAAACCAUCCCCCACAACAAGCCACUGUUCCAGGCCCUCAUCGAUGGCUUCAGGGAGGGCUUCUACUUGUUCCCUGAUGGUCGCAGUUACAAUCCUGACCUCACUGAUUUAUGUGAGCCGACGCCUCAUGAUCACAUCAAAGUCACACAAGAACAGUAUGAGCUCUACUGCGAAAUGGGCUCCACCUUCCAGCUUUGUAAGAUCUGCGCUGAGAACGACAAAGAUGUCAAGAUCGAACCUUGUGGUCAUCUGAUGUGCACGUCCUGUCUUACAGCUUGGCAGGAAUCAGAUGGUCAGGGUUGUCCCUUCUGCCGUUGUGAGAUCAAAGGCACAGAGCCCAUCAUUGUGGAUCCCUUUGACCCACGAAAUGAGGGCACUAAGUGCUUCUUCCUGGACCAGCACAGCUGCCACAUGCUGGAGCUGGAUGACGAGGAAGACCGAGAGGACUGCCUGGUCAUGAAUGGACUUGCUAACAUCAGAAAGCACUGUGCAGAACGGCAGAACUCCCCAAUGGUGUCCCCCAGCUCUUCACCUGUCAGCCAACACAGGAAAACCCAUAUAGGGGACCCCGGUUAUUGCGUCCAGCACCUUGGCCUUCCUCCUGUCCCGCCACGACUUGACCUCAUCCAGAAAGGUGCCAUCCGCUCUCCGUCUGCCAGUCCCACUGCCUCUCCAAAGUCUUCACCAGGCAUGUCAAGAAAGCAAGACAAGCCUCUCCCAGCCCCACCUCACCCACAGAGGGAUCCACCUCCACCGCCUCCACCUGAGCGACCUCCUCCCAUUCCUCCAGAGUUUCGCCUCUCUUGGCUUCCUAGUUCCUCUUCCACGUCCUCUUCUACUGGGGUACUUUCAAACUCCCAAAUGACCCCUUUGACACGCUGUACCAAAGACAACCAUUUGGCGGAUACCCACAGACCUGGAGUAGAACACCAGCUCCAGCUGGGACCUGCCGGCCCCUCUCACCGGAAUGGAAGACCCCUCAGUUUUCCGUUUGCAGGAUUUGGAAGGUUACAUCACAGAAUGGAGGGGACAGGGAACCGAGAGAGCUCAAAGCCCUUCACUAAUGGCGUGCCAUUCAGUGAUGAGUAUGAUAUCCCUCCUUCACGGCUCUCGCCAAGUCAGUCCUCACUUGCCAGUAGCCACAAAUCCUCCAAAUCAUUCAGUAGUCCUGUGCAAGAAAGACAGCAGAGGGCGUUGGAGAGGCUGGAGGAUGACUAUCAAAUCCCUUCAUCCCACCUUUGUCUGAGCCAGGCUCCAAUCUGCAUCUCUGUGCCCAGCAGGCAUCCGGAGAAUGGCUCCAUAGAGCCUUCCAUUGAGGAGAAUAAGCAUCAGUUCCCUGAGACUGGUAGACACUCAGAAUCGGUCAGGGAGUUGGUCCCGGGGGCAGCAAAUACUGACCUCUGCCCCUUCAACACGAACCAGUCACCCUCCAACUAUGACAUUCUGCUGCCCCCCACAGCAUUAGAAGAGCUCUUCAACCGCCGCCCCCCAACCCAGCCUUCCCCUCCUCCUCCUCCUCCGCCAGCGCGACACAGCUUUACUGACAUCUUCUCAUCUCUGCCGUCCUCAUCCUGCAACUCAUCUACGUCCUCGUCCUCCUCCUCCUCUGUCAUCCCACGACCACACAGGCCCUCCUCUGGACAUGAGCAUUUACUGUUAACCCCUGACACAGUGUUUGACAUGCUGAACAGUGCUGCUCCCCUGCCUCCAGUCCGACGACACACAGAAAAUGUUAAAGGCUCCAGAGGCGGCCUUGAAUACGACCAUUUACCAGUAUUGAUGGACUGUUCGCAGGCCCCUGCCAGGCCACCCAAGCCAGUGCCCAGGAAGAUCCCUCCAGACAUCCAGCCAGGCAAACCCCACAGCAUGGAGUCCGAGUCCAUAGACGCCAAGAUCGCCAAGCUGAUGGGAGAGGGUUACUCCUUUGAAGAUGUGAAGCGGGCGCUAAUGAUUGCCCAGUCCAAAGUGGACGUGGCCCGAAACAUUCUGCGAGAAUUUUCCUUAGUGGCCCCGAGACUGAACCUCUAGUCCUUGAGACGGUGAAAAGGGAUCACAGGAAUAAAGCUGUGCCUCUGAAUGCACUCAACAGAAAGGGCUUCUCCGUUCUCCUUGGCCCCAGACCAUGGGAAAAACCUAUGGUCAUCAGAGAUAAGAACGAUUUCAAGAAUGAUUGCCUUUUGUUGCCGAACAGAGAUAAUGAUGCACAACAAAGUGACUACAACCAAAUCAUGUCAGAACUAAAAGAAUGAAAAGUGAUUUAAACCUGUGAAAAAAAGAAACAGGCUUGUUGUCGUUUAUAUUGAGCUUUGCCAGGGCUGGCUUCUGGUUUUCAAAUGCUCUGCUUUGAAUCGGACUGUUGGACUCGCUACUUUAAAGCCCCGGUCCUGCUACUGCUGCUAAUGUUGUUUUCACAUACUGUCACACUCCAGUCAGUAUUUUGAAGGGCUUUUCAUAAGAGCUAGACAUUUCCUGCCCAGUUUAGCCUACACGCUCACACAGUUAUAGGUGAUCAUUUUUAUUUACAGCCAGUGGGGGGAGCCAGACUCCACUGUUUCUCUAAUUGUAUUUCUCACUCGCCACUUGGCACUAUCUCCUGCUUCUUCCUCCUCUUUGCCUUGUGUGUUGCCCAUCAGAGAAUUCUCCACUGUUCGCACAGAGUCUGGCUGAUACGUAGGUCUUGACAAGGUCUUGUGAGUUUGGAGUGGAUAGAUGGAGCCAGAGGAUGCCUUAUUGAUUCACUUGUUUCCCUCAGACCUUCAGAAAACCACACCACAGCUCCAGCCGACUCUUGUUAGACUUAUUUUGACAAGAAGUGUAAAGCAACAAGAGAGUGUGUUUCUGUGUGUGUGUGUGUUCAUCAUUGUGGAAGUGGCCACAUUGUCCCCACAUGAUGAACUCCUCUGAUGUGGAGUGCUAGUCAUUCUGACAGCUCUGCAGCAGUUCUUCUUUUUCUUAUUAUCUCAGAUUCUUCUGUCAACACAAGAGACCUGAACUGCACAGCUUUCAAACUUCGAGACCUGUCCUAUGCACCUUCAGAAUCAGCUGUAUUUCGCCCUAAUAUGACACCUAAGUGGAUUAGCUCAAACGUAAAACAGUGAUGUUAUUCCCUCAGUAGGAGGGAAGAAACAGGCUAUGUUUACAUGAAUGAUACUCUUUCCUUUUCAUUAAUUCUAUUUUCAUAUCAAUUAGGGCACCAGUUAUUUUCAUUAUAUAAUUCUGGACUGGAGUUAGGUGUUGAUCUACGGUGCAUCUUCAACCCAAACCUGUCUUAUCAAACGCUCACAAGCCAUACUUCUUUCAAACAACUGGGUUUACAGAGAUCAGCAAUUUGGAGAGUACAGUGUUAUACUUACUGAUAGAAAGGAUACCAUUACAACAGCAAAGAGACUCGAGCAGUAAAAGAAAGAAAAUCACUUAAAGGUGAUAUGUGUAGUUUCCUCUGUUGCUGAAUAGAACUUGUCAGGGGUGCUUGUUGUUUGCCGCCACAGUGAAGAGAUGGGUCAGGGGUAGCUGGUUAGAAUACUAACAUCGAUAGAUAUAGAAGAAAAAAAAGCUUUUGUGCUGUUUACACAACUGGACAUAGUUAGUGAGAGAAGGGAAGAAGUUUAAGGAUGAAAACAAUUCCUCUUGCUUCAACAACGGUCACAAAAAGGUUGGUUUCAGAAAAAGAAGUGAUUGUGUAUUAUAAUUUCUUGUCUGGUAAAUGAUGAGCUAUCAUAGAUUGACAGCUUACAUACUUACUUUACUUAAUGACAGUACAAUGUGAUGUGUUGAUGUUUUAACUAUGGUGUCUAACUACUGAGACACCAUAGUUAAAUGUUUAGUUACUGUAACAGGACUGUAGUCAGUUUUAUUGUCGGUUGAUAAGCCAACUGAGUUGGAGACUGUGAAUGUUGUUUAUGAUCAAAUAAAAGGUCGGAGCAGUCUGUUUGGACCGAGUGAGUCCAGCUUAAUUAACCACUUAGAGAACGACGCAGAGCAUUGACCCAUUUUCACCUCCACACUAAUUUUUCUCUUAAGCCAUUCUGAGGCUUCCAAAAUUAAUUUGGAAAGACGUUUUGAGGUUUUCUUCACAGGGGGGCUUUAAACCGCUAAUUAAAUAUGACUGUGAUUGAGCUUUCCUCAAACCACAGAAAACAGAGAUUUUCUGAUCAAGUAUUGAAUAGUGUGGAUGCUAAGAUGGAAAUGAAAAGGUUCAGUUGGGACAUCUUGAUAAUACAGCUGGAGGAAGUCCGGAUCCCAGUUCUAAUAACACAGCUCACUGACUCUUUUUUUUUUUUUCAUGUCUGCAUAAUUUGAUGUUGUGAAAUCAAACAUGAAAGUACCGUUCGCCUGAGUGUUGUGCUCAUCUUUGCAAAUAAGCCAGGCCUCUUUGUAGGCUUCUCAGAAUUACAAUAUCAUCUUAACCCCGAUCGAUAUUUAGAUUGUAAAUGGACUGAAUUUAUAUGGUGCUUUAGAGCCAGUAUUAUCGACCACACUUGCUUUACGGUACACUUCACAUUUACUCACUGAUACACACACAUACAUUCAAUGGUUCUUUAUCACACAUUUAUUCAUAUACUGUCACCACAGCCAUCAGGGACCAUCCCUCUCUACCUCCUGAGCCACAGCCACUCUAUAACCAGUUCAGUGACCAGGUCAAUUACUGGGUGCAUAGGUGGGUGUAACCCUCUGAGAACCAUUCAGCACUGUGUUAUUAGGACCAAAUAACCAUGAGUGAACGUGCUCUUUAAGUCUACAAUGUGGAAGUCACAAAACAUAUCGUUUUAUUAUCUCAGUCACUGUGACAGAAAAAAAGACAAUGGACGACUCCUCGUCUGACCCACUUCCCUCCACCCAUUUGUCCGACUGUCCUCUCGCCCUUUCUUUUCUGAGCAGCACUUUAAAGGAGGUCCGCAGUUUAAAAUGUACAUUAAACUGCCUAAGACACUCUAGAGACAGUUUGUGAUAAUGAGCGAUGCUGAGGAAGUUUGAGAAGCACGUCUACAUCAGUGAGUCCACAGUGCAAUCACAUUCACAAAUCCUUGUUUACCACCAUAAGUUGAUGCAGCACACCAGUAUAAGAAUGUCAACAAAACAAAAAAACACAUGUAACUGUAUAAUUAGGCACUUAGAUAAUACCUAGUCAUCAGCUAAGCAUCUUUUACUCCUUGAUUUACAUUUACAUUACAUUUCAACAAUUAUGUAGUGUUUAUAUUAUCCUUUUUGUACUGAAGCAGAAAGUAAUUCUGCCAGCCUACUCUCCUUGUCCGCCUCACAGAUUAGAGCAUUGCUAAUGUCUAGUUUACUUCCAGUACAAAUAGGGAAUUCAGAUGUGAAAAUCAGUGGCAUUCCCCUUAACCUCUGCACUGUUGUUACUUUUAUUUUCACAAACUUGAACAGUCCUGAUCUCAGAAUGGUCCAUUCUAUUGGACUCCCUGUUGAUGAGGGUAGGUGGCCUUAGGUUGCAAAGAGCAGAUUUUAUUAUCAGAUUUAUGUAUUCAUAAUCAAAGAUGUGUUGAUAAUAUGUAAAGAAAAGAGUCAUGGACAAUUAAUCUAUACAUCAUUGUUUUUUUUUCUUUGAAAUAUUUCCAUGGACAAGUAAAUAAAAAGUGUAUAUAUAUAAUAGUAA